AUGGCUGCGCCCGGGGAGACGCUGAGGAAGAGGAGGGGGGUGGAGGCAGCCCCCCGCCCCCCCCCCAGGGAGGGGGAGCAGGCGCCCCCCGCCCGGCCCCCGCUGCGCCCGGGCACCUUCUGGCUGAGCAGGAUCGUGCUCCUGCGCUGCAUAGCGCUGCUCUACUUUGUCGCUUUUUUGGUGGCUUACCAUCAAAACAAGCAGCUGAUCGGGGAGAAGGGACUGCUGCCAUGCAAACUGUACUUGCAGAACGUCAAACGGUAUUUCAAAGGGAAGAUUAACCUGGAUUCCUUGACCUAUGCCCCAACAAUCAUCUGGUUCCUGGACUGGUCUGAUAUGGACAGCAACCUGGACUGCCUUGCUGGCCUUGGCUUGGGAGUUUCGGCUUACGUGUUGGUCACUGGAUGUGCAAACAUGAUCCUUAUGGCCAUUCUAUGGAUUCUGUACCUCUCAUUGGUUAACGUUGGACAGAUCUGGUAUUCCUUUGGAUGGGAAUCUCAGCUUCUGGAAACGGGGGUUUUAGGAAUAUUCCUGUGCCCGCUCUGGACUCUCUCCCGGUUACCUAACUACACUCCGCCUUCCCAAAUUGUCAUCUGGGGAUUUCGAUGGCUCAUUUUCAGAAUCAUGCUUGGAGCGGGGUUGAUUAAAAUCCGAGGUGAUCGCUGCUGGAGAGAGUUGACCUGUAUGGAUUAUCAUUAUGAGACCCAGCCAGUACCCAACCCACUAGCCUAUUACAUGCACCGGUCACCAUGGUGGUUUCACCAGUUUGAGACGUUAUGCAAUCACUUCAUCGAGCUGGUGGUGCCGUUUUUUAUCUUCAUGGGACGUCGCAUGUGCAUCAUUCACGGCAUUUUACAGAUUCUCUUCCAGGUGGUCUUAAUUAUCAGUGGGAACCUGAGCUUCCUCAACUGGUUAACCAUAGUGCCCAGCAUUGCCUGUUUUGAUGACACCUGCUUGGGAUUCCUGUUCAGUUCCAAAGAGGGAUGUGUGAAGGACCAAGUGUUGAAGAUACAAGCCAAACAGGCAGCAGGACAGAGACUUCCUUUGAGAUACGGCUGCUAUGUCCGCAAAGUGGUGAACGUCUCAUUUGGACUCCUGAUCACCUAUCUCAGUAUACCUGUCGUUCUCAACCUGCUUAAUUCCAGACAAGUCAUGAACACCUCAUUCAACCCGCUCAGGAUAGUAAACACGUACGGCGCUUUUGGAAGCAUUACUAAGGAACGAACUGAGAUCAUCUUCCAAGGUACCUCCAGCCUGGACCCCAAUGAUCCCAUGGCGGUUUGGGAGGAGUAUGAAUUUAAAUGUAAGCCUGGGGAUUUGAAGAGGAGGCCGUGCCUUAUAACACCAUACCACUAUCGUCUGGACUGGCUCAUGUGGUUUGCUGCAUUCCAGACCUACGAACAGAAUGAAUGGAUAAUCCACUUGGCUGGAAAGCUGCUGGUCAGUGAAGAGGCGGCAUUGUCACUGAUAGCGUUCAAUCCAUUUGAGGGCAAGGCACCACCAAGGUGGAUCAGAGGAGAGCACUUCAAGUACAAAUUUAGCCGACCUGAAGGCAAACAUGCAAGCGAAGGGAAGUGGUGGAUUCGAAAGAGAAUCGGGCCGUACUUUCCACCUGUCAAUCUCCAGGGGCUGCAGAAGUUUUACGAAGCGAGGGACUGGCCGUACCCAAAGCAGAAUUAACAAGAGGAGAGUAAUAAACGUUGACCAAGAACAACCAGUGUCCUGAGAGUUUAUAAUUCUCCUUUCCAACGUUUUUUUUUAAAUGUGUCUUUUUAAUACUCAUUUUAUACUAAAGUCAUCAAGCCAGGGUGUCUGUCUCCUAUGUCUGUCUGUCUGUGCCUAUCUUUUUGUUUGCCCAGCCUUCUUUCUAUCUCUCUUCCUAUCUACACAUCUACCUGUCUUAUUAUCUGACCUGUUUUAUCUAGCUGAUCCGUUGGAAGUAAUCCAACCAAACUGCCUCCUCGAAAGCUAAACCAGAUUUUGAACAAAUAGAGAUUUGGAGGGAAAAUGGCAGUUUCAGAUUGGCAACAGACAUUUGAGAAUUUCUGUAUAAUGGGCCAUGUAAUUCUGAUGACUGUGGAAUGUGGGUUGAUCUAAAAUUCAGGCAGGUGAAACACACACACACACACACACCCAAAAUGACACAAUUUUAAAAUUUCUGAAGUAUUAUCUGAAGACAAAACUCCACCCGCUUUUUCACAUCUCUCUACUUUGCAAAGUGUCAGGGCCAAAUUCCACGCUGUUAUACUGGUUUAAAUCCGGAUCGCUACCUCCGUAACUGAGGACAGAAUUUAAUCUUAAGACUAUGUCACACAUGUAUUAGAAAGAUUUCAGUACAGAGGCAGUAAGUGAUACCGAGUGAGGUGUAAUUCCAGUAUCAGUUGAUGGUUUUGGUAUUCUCUUAUAUACCAAUUACAAUGAACAUAUGUGCAAUAUUUCCAGAGGUUUUCCUGUGGAGCACUGUUCUAAAUAAUCCAACUUCCCUGCCUGCAGUGAGCUCUCUUAGCUAACAGUCAGCUGGCCCCCAACUUAAUAUAGAACACACGGCAUUCUUGUUUGGCCUGGGCACAGGUUUAGAAAGAUGGAAGCUUUGAAAUCCUGAGACGGCUUAAGUGUUUUCCUUCAAAAGGGGCUUAUGCUGAAUCUUGACUUCCUAGUGGGAGAACUCCAGACAUUUUCCUGCAAUGCUGAAUACAAGGGGAACUGUAAUAUUUCCUUCAGCACUUGCUACUUCUACACAGGUUUUCUUCCUCUGAGCAAAAGUCUAGUCCUCUGAAGGAUAAGUUUAUUAACCCCAUUGGAGGUAUAAAACCACCAGCCUGAGAUAAUAGCACAGAAGAUAAUUUUAUAUUGGAUUUUCUCACUAAAGAUAAUCCUGUCAUGGGACACUC